GGUGGUGGGCAUAUAGUCAAGCACGACUUUCGAAAAAGACUCAGUCAAAAGCCAAAGGAACAGACGACGCUAACCAUGACGCAGAAGCUGCUCUUCCUCGCCCUGAUGAUCGCUCUUUCCGCUGCGGAAUCCCCGCCGUAUCGGCCACGAGGCUGGCGUCCUUCCGGUCAGUCCUUCAACCCAGGAAAAUUUGGGUCCUACGGCCCUCCAACGCCCCCCAACACUUAUGGGCCUCAAAACGAACCCCAGACCACGACCUCAACCACGACCACGACUCAGGCCCCGACAACGUCGACACCAAGGAGCAGAGAACCGACGACACCCUUUCCCGAGGAUGAUAAUUUUGGAAGCCCAGCCCUCGCCGUCGCCAAUUCGUUUGCUUUCAACAGGCCCGUUUACGUAUACAACAGUUUUCCUUAUUUGUCUGGUUACACGGUGUUGAAGUGACGAAUCAUCGAUGAAUUUUAUUGUGUUUUUGUGAAAUUACUGUGAGAGGUAUGCUAGUUUGUUGGUUCGA